UGCUGAAAGGCGCUAUAAUUGAAUCGGUUGCUUCUUGGUGAAAUUCUCCGCGUUGUAUGUCACCGUUUUUUCUGAUCCCCACAAGAACAACUCAUUUUUAAAUGAAUGAUUUCUUAACGCGCUGCAGGGAUGAUUACCGGGUUGGAUUAACACAGAAUGAAAAAGAAUGGCUGCGGACGUUUUAUUAUGAUGUGGAAAAAUGCAUCCGACAAAAUGAAAGCGAAGCAGAGUUCGUCGAAGUAUGCCUGGCUGUGCUGCGUCAAAUCAAAGAUUUACGCAGUGUUGGAGAUGCAGAAGAUUAUCCAGACUGGCUUCCUGUCAGUCAGCAAGUUGUACCUCUUAAUACACUAUUUAGCAAUGAUGUGUGUGGAGGUUCUUUGUGUAGUCUAUUAGCUGAAGAAUGUUCAAUAUCAGAAUACAAGUUUGCUUCUAAAUUGCCUUUUAUUCUCUUGGGAUAUUUAACCUCACAACCCAAGUCUUUAAAAUCCAGAAAAGCUUCAGGCACUUUGUAUGUAGAGGACAACUUCACUGCAGUUGUUUGCGAGAUAAUAAAUCCCAGUGAAGAUUACCUUGAGAAACUUUUACUCAUCCCUCACUGGAACUAUGUUCCCUCAUCAUCUUCAUCAGCAGUUAAGGAAGAUGUAAAGAAUGGUCAUGGUGGUUACCUUGAGAUCAUCAAGACAGGCACACCAAUUGUUGUUACUAAAACAAAUGUAGCUGAUAACAAACUCUCCACAAGUUAUGUUUUAAGUGUCAAAGAGUUUCAGGAACAAGGAAGCUCAACAAUCAACUUGAAUAUACAAGGAUCCAUUUUUGCACUGAGCCCAAUUCACAGCAUGAGUGUUGGCAAGCCUUUCUUUUUGGUCAAAAUUUUCUGCACUGAGACAAGCCUGACAACUUCCUUGGUGAUUCAAGGUGAACAGUUUAUGUUGUGGCACAAUUUCCUUCAAAUCAAUGAGCAGUAUGUGUUCCAUAACCUGAGAGAAACUACAAUGAACAAGGGAACACGAAACGAAAGAAAGAUCCUUGCCACUACACGCCGUUCAGACUUGAGGAAAUUCCGACCAAGAAACGUGAAACGAACUCACGAAGACGAACAGAGAGCAUCGAAGCGGCCAAGAAUCUCAAAGGAAAAAGAUGAGGUCCCGAAUAACCGUAGAACAUUUUCAAGUCAUAACGUCGCGAUGAGGUCAGCAGAAACCAACCCGGCUGAGGCAAGAAAUUCACAGCCAGAAAAACCAAAGAUACCGGUCAAUAUAACGUACACGGGCGUUAUCACAGGAUGCAUCAACCGUGAAGCUGGAGUUUUUGAACUGGACAAUAAAAUAAGGCUGUAUAUAAGUCACCAGCCUUCUAUGAAUCUUGGUCGCGGUUUGCGUGUUGGGGCUCACGUGACAGCUUACAAUGUACACUUGUGUAAGAAAGGGAAGAGAACUCUUGGCCUGUGCUGCUGCACACAGAGUACUUUGCGGGUGGUGAAGUUCUCUCCUCUAGCUUCACCUUGGAAGCCUUUUAACCCAUGUGAGAGUCCCUUGGCUUUACUUGGACAAAAUCUCACUCUGGGUGAUUAUGUGGACCUGCUCGAGAUGUGCCAAAAAGUUUUGGAUAAAUUCUCUCCCCUCUACAGGACUAGGCAGCUUGUCGCUUACUCUGUUAAACAGAGCAGAAAAGAAAAAGAAGAUUUCCCGAAAGAGAGUGUAUUGGAAUUGUUGCUUUCCUUCGUAAAACGCAACUCGGUUACUGCAAAUGCUCCUUCAAGAAACAUUUAUGAUGAGUUCUUUGAGGUGCCGCAUGAAUGUCACCCAAAUCAUAGCAGUCUACUAACUUUCCCCUGGCUCCCCACAAUCAAAGAGUUCCUAGACACUGUUAGUCAGAUAAGCAGUAAGAAGCCUUGGUUGAGUGGAUUGCCUGGCAGAACAACAUCAUCGACACAGGCCGAGAAGGAAGAAUGGACGUACAAAAUUUUGAGUCAAGAAAGCUUCAGUCGUCCGUUGAUUCUGGGUGGUUGUCUUGGGUACUCUUCAAAAACUGGCAGGUUGCGCUUGCUUGAUCAAACGGGAGAAAUCAACUGCAUGAUUGCAUCCAAAGACGAAAAACUCACAGAACAUGACUGCACAAAACACUGUUGCCAGAAAUCUAUUGUCGACGAUCAGUGUUCACGUUGUCCCUAUUCACAGAUCUGGAGUGUAAAUGCAGCGAUUCAAAUCAAUAUGUUUGAGGUAGUUAUGGAGAAAUUUCAUUCGAGAGGUCUUGUUCAGGAAGAUUUGGGUGAAGAUCGAAAUCGAUUAUACGUGCAGUUCUCCUUUGACGAUACAGAAACCUUGAUUCCUAAAGACAAGGGUAAGGCGAAUAAAUAUUAUGGAAAAAGGACAAACACAUUUGAAGCUGGCACAAAGGAUGCAAGUUUAGAAAGGGAGCUCAACAGAAAUCUUGAAAGUAAAAGUGAUUGUUUUAUAUGCAAGGUUAUUUUUAUGGUUAGGAACUGCGAAGUGGCAGUGCUCCGACGAUUGAGAGAGGAAGUUUGCUAUCCUUGUGGUGUGGAAAUAAAAGUUGUCGCCGUUUGUAAAAGAAGAACUCAAGACAUGUCUGAGACAGAAAAAGCCGUUCCCUGCUGUUCAAAUUUCACUCAAUUUCUCUCGGACUUCAAGCUUCAAAAGAAGAACGCAGCUCUAAAACUUGAGAGGAAGAGCUUGUACUUAGCCCACGUUCUUCAUCCAGGAUGUUUCUACGUCUUGACUGAGACAAUCCUUGACGAAAAACAGUCCCAUUUGAUACAAAAUGGAGACGUAGAAGUACUGAUUAGUGUUAGCUCUGAUAUGCUUUUGGAGAGAAUAUGCUGGUGUGAAAGUUGUGACUUUAACUCGCCAAAGAAAACAGAAAGCAGCUGUGAUAUUAUCAAGGCACUUAAUGGUUUGAAGGAAGAUUUCUUGAAGAAAGAUACUCUGCUUAGUGUGGAUUCUGUUCUUGGUGAAGGAACCUUUACGGGAGUGAAUGGCAACGAGAAGUCUCUAAAGCAAAGCACACAAGUGAGUUUCCAUGGGCUGAUUGUUAGCCGAGAUCUGCGCCAGUCAGACUGUCCUAGUCAGCGGCUUCCAAAUGAUCUGGUGGAACUGCCUAAGUUUGGUCCAGUUAAGAUGUCAGCUAUAAAAGAUCUACAGCUGGGCUUUACUCUGUUAGAAAACAAGAUCAUACAGCUGAGAGUGCGUGACUUGCGGUCAUCAAAUACCAUAUCUGUUUACCUGGACUUCAGACGAACCACUUACGUUGAUGGAAUUUUACCUGGCGCCGUUGUCCGAUUCCGAAGGUUGGUGAGAAAAUUCUCCCAAACCAGAAACAUGUACUGCACAUUUGAGGCUUGUUCUUCAAUUUUCGUGGAAAGACGAGCAGCAAAUAACUCAGUUACCAGCAUCCAGCCGACCCCACAUUAUUCACUCAACGUUGCAGCAUGUGCAUCUGGUGAAGCGCGCACCAAAGAACUUCCAAAUCAAUGUCUUUUCAGACUCAUUCAGAGCGAAGCACAAGGGAGGUUUGUUCAGACCAUUUCACGUGUAUGUUGCAAAGUAAUCGCUGUGCAGAGGGCGAGCCUGCGAUGGCUUUGUAAACGAUGCGGUGAACUGGUAGCUAGAAACGAGUGUGCCGCCUGUUGCUUCAGCUCCUCGGGAUCUAGGCUCAGUGCUGAAGCCAGAUGUGUUGUAGAAGACGGUACAGGCGAAGCUCAGGUUUACGUGUAUGACGACCUGGUGCCCACGUUAUUGAAAGUUUCCAGUCAGCAGUGGCGUCAUCUUCAGGAUUUGGCUAUGCGCACUGGCGAGUUACUGUACCAGCGACAUUGGUAUGGUGCACGCGGGCGUGCGAAGAUCAAUGAGGGAAGCUUGUCCAGAGAAGCAGGAGCCAAAUUGAUCUGGGAGAAUCAUUGUGUUUCAUCUCAAGUCUCACGGCGAGUCGUGCUGUAUUGUAAAUUGUUUCGCUUUAAGAAGAAUGGGGCUAACAACACGGAACAAGGUUACGAGUCUCGUAGUAUUACUGUGGGUUCCACAGAACACUCUACUCUCGUGUUACCCAAACUGCUCUUAAGAGCUAUAUCCAUUACCGAGGUUUGCGCAACAGAGGAAAUUCGACAACUGCUUCAACAGGAAAGAAAUGGACUUCGGUGACUUGGUUUCGAAGUGAGCCAUUGAGUUCCCGGUAGAAAACAAACCGUAAUCUCUCUCUACAUGAAGGGAUAUCAAGUCAACUGAAUAACAAACAACAACUUUUAAUAUUUUAAUAUGUAAAUAAUAUAAUAUUCAUUUAGCUAUGUCCAGUUUCCAUCAAAUUUAAAAAUUCACCUAACUUGGCAAUAAAUUAAUAUGAAAAUAAGUGUUAAUUAUUUCCAAGGAGAUACUGCUUCAACCGCUGAAAAUAUUUUUAGAGUUGAAUUUACUGUAACAUGUUAGGAUUCGGUAAACACUUCAGUGUCACGUUAGCUUAGACAUAUCAAGAGUAAAGCGGUCCACGUUGAACGGUUUGUAGAGUCUGUUUGGUGACAGUAAACUUUCCACGGCUGUUCGUUUAUCACAGUGGCCUAUAAUCCAUUGAAGUCUAUCCUGAAAUAUACAAAAUAUACCAGCUUUAAUACUAGAAUUCCUGUGAUUUUAUUUAACUGUUUUAGCUACGUAGAGAAGACAGGCUCACAAAGUAUUACAGGAGUGAUAAAACAUUUGGUGUAAUUAGACCUUUUCUCUCUCAUCGUUGCCCCAAAUGUACGGCGGUAAUUCAGUGGAGUUUAAAAUUGGAAAUACACUGUCCAUGUAGACCUCCCUGAAGAAUCUUCUCAUGUGUGCUUCGUCUCUCUAUAGAAAAAGGCAAUCAAAGAGGUGGGAAUGAAUAUUGGCCAGGAAAUCGGAAAUCUGGGAGCAUUUGGGAUAAACAGGAACCUGUGCACUUCUAAGAGACCACUGGUCCUGAUCCACUUGAUCCAUGAUAACGGUUGAAUUGCUUGCUUCAAAGCUUUAGUUGAUUUGCUUUUGUGCGUCAGUUGAACAAAACGUUACUCUUGCAAGCUUCAUAGAGUAAAUAUAACUAAAG